AAACGAUUCGUCUGCUCAUCGCUCAACAUGUCUCGGCCGGAAGACAGAGAUCGAAAUCAGGAGGCUACCGUCUACCUCGGUAACCUGGAUGAACGAUGUUCUGAUGCCUUGAUCUGGGAGUUGAUGCUACAAGCUGGUCCUGUCGGAAACGUACAUCUACCAAAGGACAGGAUCUCACAGACGCAUCAAGGUUUCGGCUUCUGCGAAUUCUUGACCGAGGAAGAUGCCGAGUAUGCGUGCAAGAUCAUGAACCAAAUCAAGUUGUUCGGAAAGCCAAUAAGGGUCAACAAGGCCUCAUAUGACAAGAAACAGCUGGACGUCGGAGCCAACCUGUUCAUCGGCAACUUGGACCCGAUGGUGGACGAGAACGUCUUGUACAACGCUUUCUCAGCGUUCGGUCAGCUGGCUCAGACGGCCAAGAUCGCGCGAGAUCCGCAGACAGGAGAAUCCAAGGGAUACGGGUUCAUCUCGUAUAACGACUUUGACGCAUCCGAUGCCGCCAUGGAAGCCUUGAACAACCAGUACCUGAUGAACAAGCCGAUCACGGUGCAGUACGCUUUCAAAAAGGACGGAAAGGGAGAGAGGCACGGGACGGCCGCGGAGAGGUUGUUGGCUGCUCAGGCAAAGAAAAACUCGCUCAUCCCAAGCGCGGCUCCCCCGAUGGCUCCGGGUCAGGGCUAUCAGCAAGCCUUCCAAGGCCAAUUUGCUGGAGCAAUGGCACCCCAAGUCCCGCCUGCCGGUUUCGGAAUGCAAAACACCGUCGUCGCACCUCCGCCUAUGGGAAUGCCUGUGUAUCAGCCCAACCCAAUGCAGGGUCAAUUCGGCGCCAUGCCACCACCACCACCGCCACCUAUGGGCUUCCCUCAAGGCGGCCCUCCUGGUGGAGGUACUCCCGGAUUUCCUCCACCCCCUCCUGGCGGGAUGCCUGGAUACCCACCUCAGAUGCAGAUGGGUGUUCCACCGAUGGGGAUGGCACCUUAUGGGAUGCAGCCGGGUAUGAUGAUGCCACCGCCUGGACCACCUCCAUUCAUGACUGGGGCAAAUGCCGCUCCGCUGCAGUGAAGAAUGUAAAGCGCAUUGUAACGAGCCUGCCGCCACGUCUGCGGUUGUAAUACCCCGGAAAAUACAGAAAUUUAUGGCUA